CACACAAUUGCGGUGCAUUAUUCUCACGUCCUGUAGACAUUUGGUGUAAUAUAUCGAUUACAGUACGUACGAUACGAUUGCUUUUAAAUAAUUAAUGAGCACACAUUAGAAAAAAAUAUUUUCUUUUUUUUUUGGCUAUUUGCCAAAAUAGACCUGUCAGAUUGUUCUUGAACAAAGACUUUUAUUGAAGAGCGAGAGAGUGGUUCAAGUUCGUAGACCAGUUAAUCCGGGAUUACGGAAAAUACAAACACCAUGCGAUAUGCGACGCUGUCCCAGACUGGUGAUCUAAUGCCGACAUUGGGUUUAGGCACAUGGCAGGCCCCGCCUGAUGUUAUAGAAUCUACUGUCUAUAAAGCCUUAGAUUUGGGCUACAGACAUAUAGAUACUGCGUUUAAUUACAACAAUGAAGAAGCAAUCGGUAAUGCCAUAAAACAAUGGAUUACUGAUGGGAAGGGUACCAGAAAAGAUUUAUUUAUCACUACGAAGUUGCCCCAUGUAGGUAACAGGGCGUCCGAUGUGCGCAAAUUCCUUGACCUACAACUGAGCCGUUUGCAAAUGGAUUAUGUGGACUUGUAUUUAAUACACGUCCCGUUCGGUUUCCAUUGCAACCUUGACACCCUGACGCCGGUGGUCAAGGACAAUGGGGAGUACGAUCUAGACAUGGAAACCAAUCAUAUUAAUACUUGGAGGGUGAUGGAGCAAUGCCAGAAGGAGGGUCGCAUCCGCAACCUAGGCCUGUCGAACUUCAACCAGGCGCAGAUCAGCAAGAUAAUGAAGCACGCGACGCUGAAGCCGCAGGUGCUGCAGGUGGAGCUGCACGCCUACUUCCAGCAGCUCGAGCUGCGCAAGUUCUGCGCCGACAACGACAUCGUAGUGACCGCGUACGCUCCACUCGGCAGUCCCGGAGCCAAGGAUCACUUCGUCAACAAAUACAACUACAACCCAGACGCUUUUCCGGAUCUUUUAGGCCGUCCAGAAGUAAAGGAGAUUGCCUCGAGACAUGGCAAAACACCGGCACAAGUACUGUUAAAUUUCUUAGUCAAUCAAAAGGUCGUAGUCAUUCCUAAGAGUACUAGUGAGAAGAGAUUGAAGGAAAACUUCGAUAUAUAUGAUUUUGAGUUAAUGCCAGCAGAAAUAAAUAGCUUAAAGAACUUAGACAAGGGCGAGGGCGGUCGUAUAUUUAAUUUCCUAUUCUGGAAGGGCGUCGAGAAACAUCCCGAAUAUCCUUUCAGUGUUCCCGGCGCGGUCUAAGAGCGGCAUUAUUAUUUAUACCCGGCGGUCUUGAUCCUAAUAUUAUCGUUGAAUUUUGUGUUAUCAUCAAUUCUGUCUCAAGGUGGUUUGAUCGUACUACAAUUAUUUAAUACAAACACAUCUUUCAAAUAUAUCGAAGUGCUCUUACAUGUCAAUAAUUAAAGACAAUUUUGGUUAUUCUAUAAAUUGUUUCUUAUAGUAGGGGAGGCGAAGCGGAUAUUUUGGGGUUUACUCGAGCGCGGCAGUUAAAUAUUGCACCCGUUCAAACACUCCCACACAAUACCACGUGGAGCCGCAUUUUUAGCGGAGUUUUUUGCUAAUUGAAACAGUGAGUUAAUUCCAUUCAGAAAAGUCUAUAUUUAAAAUUUGAUUGCACUCGACAUUUUCAAGGGCAAGUUUUUUCUUUGCAACUUUUUAACUCUCCCAUAUCAUUAUGUAGCGUGAAAAUUGUCAGAUAAUUGAAUUGUAGACUUAUCUGCAAACAAUUAACUCACCCAGUCUCAAACUGGCGCGCUAAUAAAACUUUAUUCAGCAUUAACAGUUAUUUUUUUCACUCGUUAGUAUGUUUAACUGCUACGCUCGAGUAAAUCCCAAAAUCCCCGCUUCGCC